GGGCAAUCAGAAGAGCUGAGGAGAAGCUGAAGGAAUCUAAGAAAGAGGAGACAAUAAGGAGAGUUUAAUAGAGCUCUGAAGGAAGAGGGUGAGACACGUGAAGGUUGAAAAGGAAGAGAGUGAAAGACUGAGACGGAUCACACUGCUGAUCAUCUUAAAGGCCUGAGGAACGUGACUGGUAAGAGCUUUGCCAUGGCAACUAAAAUAGUAGCAUACCGUUGCCAGGAGGAACAGAAGGACCAGAUGUCUCACAGCAUGGAGAUGUCCUCCCAGAUCCAGAAGAAGAAGUUCAAAUCCAGUGAUGAAGAGGCCUCCCUCAGUGAAUUCUAUCCCAUCAUUUCAGGCGAUGUCAUGUCUGUGAAGGAGAUCCUCACCGAGCCUGUGUUCCCGCGCCACAGGACCUGGGAAGCCCUGAGGGAGACCAUGGCCAGCGAUGAACUCCGGGAGCGAGAUCAAUGGACUAUGUUUGGCAACGAGGCAGAGAAACUAGAAAUCGGGGUGAUCAGAAACCAGCAUGUCAUCCGUGAGCGCGUGGAUCGCUUCACAUUGCGCAGGGAGGCCGAGAGAAAGGCUUCAUUGCACAUGAAGUUUAUCGAGGAUCUGAGCAUGAAGGCGCCUGACUUUCCCAUCCCGCUGCGGCCGCACAUGGUGUGGACAGGCAUGGAUGUCAAACUCUCCUGUAGUGUUCAGGGAUACCCGUUUCCCAGUAUCACAUGGUAUAAAGAUGACGUUCCCCUGCGAGGACCACUGCCCUGGAACUACAAGCUGCUUCAGAAGUUCGGCCUCAACAUUUUAGAGAUCAGGAGAUGUUCUCUCGAAGAUGCCGGAGAAUACAAGGUUGUAGCGAAAAGUUCCCUGGGCGAGACUGCCUCCUGUGCCAAGCUGAUAGUGAACUCACAUGAAGGAGCUGAGGCCCGACUGCAGCGCUCAUGGACUCCAAUCCCAGUUCCAAAACCGGACGCUCAGCUGGCCUCCAUUUUUAAUCCAACAUUUGUGAAGGAGGGAGACAACUUGAUUCUGCAGUGCAGUUUCACCUCAGCUUUACUACCUUUCCAACAGGAUGUGAUGUGGUACAGAGAUGGACAUGUCCUGCGGCAGUCCAGUCGUGUCGAGAUACAGACGGGCUCAAGAUCGGCCAGUCUCACCCUAAAGGGAGUGCACAAGGAACAUGAGGGCCUAUACAUCGUCCGCCUGCACACUUGGGACGGGACCAUCGAGCACAGCGCUUUCGUCUAUGUCAAAGAUGGCUCUGCGGUUGUGGUUGGAGCUCCAGGUUCUCCUCUACAGGUGGAGUGUUCUGAUGUCAACAGAGAUUAUGUGUUUCUCUCGUGGACGCCGCCCAGCGCAGACGGAGCAGCACCUGUUCAGGGUUACUUCAUAGAGAGGUGUGACAUUGGUGUUGGGAAGUGGGAGCGCUGUAAUGAUGUCAUUCAGAGGGUGUGUCAGUAUCCUGUGAUGGGUUUAAAGGAAAACACCAUGUAUCAGUUCAGAGUGUGUGCAGUAAAUCAGGCGGGGGUCGGCCGGCCGUCUAAACCCACAGAACCCGUCAUGACCUCUGACCCCCUUGAGCCCAGCAGGACUAUGGUGGUAAAGGUGGAGCGAGGGAGAGAGAUUAUCAUCACUAAAGACCAGCUGGAGGGUCAAAUCCGGGUGCCGUUCCCCCCCACUGAUGUCCAAGUUUGCGAGCUCAGCGACACCUACGCCGUGCUGAGCUGGACCGAACCGGAUCCACGAGGCCGAGAGCAUCUCACCUACUUUGUGGAGCGGUCUAUAGUGGGGAAAGAGAGCUGGCACCUGGCUAGUAUGGAUAUGACGGUGCUCUCCACGAGAUUUACUGCGUUUGACCAGCAGAAGGGGAAGUCUUACUGUUACCGUAUCCGUUCUGUCAACAAGUACGGCAUCAGUGAACCAUCUCUGCCCAGCGCGCCCGUCUCACUGGGGCAACCACUUGGAGUUCCUGCCCCGCCACACGGUGUCCUGCCCAUGCAAGACACAGACAGCUCCGUACUCCUGCAAUGGAGAGAACCCAAAAUGACAGAGGGUGUUCUGGGAUACUACCUGUACUACAGUGAGGUUGGAAGCAGACAGUGGAAGACCAUCAACAAUAAGCCCAUCAGCAAAACCAGGUUCACAGUUCACGGACUGUCGACUAAUAAAGAGUAUGUGUUCCGGGUGAAGUCUGUGGGACUGGCAGGAAACAGCAUCUACUCUGAAGAGUCUCCUGCGAUUCGAGUGAAAUCCGCUAAAUAUGUCCCAUCUCAUCCGUCAGCCAUCGCUGUCCUGAACUGCACCGGAGCAGAGAUGGUGAUUGGCUGGAGAGCUCCAGCCAAUCACGGAGGAGACCCUGUGCGCGGCUACUACCUGGACCAAAGAGAGAAAUCCCAGAGCACCUGGAGAGAGGUCAAUGUCAAAGCCAUUAAAGAGAGAGUGUACAAGGUAACUGGCCUUCAGGAAGGUCAUUUUUAUCAAUUCCGUGCUUUUGCUGCCAACAUCGUUGGACUGGGCAAACCUUCAGAACCGAGCGAGCUGUUUUUGUGCGAGCCGUGGACAAUGCCCGAGCCUGGCUGUCCAUAUGAUCUGGAGUUCAGAGAAGUGAGGUGUAACUCUCUGGUGCUGCUGUGGGCGGGGCCUCUCUACAAGGGCCAAUCAGAGAUCAGCGGGUAUGUGGUGGAGAUCAGUCAGGGGCCGGAGUCUGAGGAUUGGACCCCUGUAACGAGCGAGAGAGUGAUGGAAACUCACUUAAAGGUUUCAGGUCUGCAAGCGGGCCAGACGUACCGUCUGCGUGUGUCUGCUGUAAACGCUGCUGGAGUUGGCAUGCCUUCACUGCCUUCUGAGCCAAUCAGAGCGCAGACUAAAGCAGGAACCAAAGAGAUUGAGAUCGGUGUUGAUAAUGAUGGCUUCAUCUUCCUGAGCUUUGAAGCCUCUGAGAUGGUUUACAAAGACUUCAAGUGGAAUAAGAACUACUCAGAAGCCAUUGAUGCUGGACGAGCCCGCUUGGAGAGCAAAAACAACAGGUCUGUUCUUACUUUCACCGACGCCUCGGAGCAGGACUUGGGCCUUUACACGGUGGAGCUGAAUGAAAACCCAGAUAUCUCCUCUAGCUUCACCUUCACUGCGGAGGAUCUGGAGAGACUGACAGAACUGAGCUGGCAAGUCAGAAACCCGUUGAUCGCUCUGAAGUCCGGCUGGCAGGUGGACGUGUCCGAACAGGGUAAUGUGCGUCUGUGGCUGCAGACUGAAGCUUUGAGCAGUGCAGCGGUGCUCCGACUCAUUCUCAAUGACAGAGAGAUCACCAGCACCCCGGCGCGUAAGAUUAACUUUGACAAGACAAAAGGUCUGGUGGAGAUCCUGUUUGAUCAACUAUCAAAAGAAGAUGAGGGCUCCUACACCGCCCAGCUCAAAGACGGCCGUGCCAAGAACGAGUUCACACUGGUGUUUGUGGAUAAGAAGUUCCAGGAAACACUGGCCAAAUCUCAAGCCAACAGACGCAACUGGAAGAGAAAGACUGGUCCCCAUUUUGAGGAAUUCUUGUCCUGGACUGUGACCUCAAAUUGUGAAAUGAUUAUGAAAUGCAAGGUCACUAAUGUAAAUAAAGACACACGUGUGAGAUGGUUUAAGGAUGGAGUGGAGCUCACGCAGGCCGUAUACGAGCAGACAGGUGUCUGUACUUUUACUGUACCUCAGGUGACGAGGAAAGAGGCAGGUGUGUACAGAGCUGUAGUGUCCGAUGGCAGAGGAGAAGAUGAGAGUGUACUGGAACUAUUAAAUGAUGAAUUUGAGAGACUCUUGCAGCAGUUAAGUAAACAGUGUGCACUCUCUGCUGGUCCAGUGUUUAUUCAGUGCACUGCACAGGGAUUCAAGCUCUACUGCACACUGAAAUAUUAUCUGAACCACAUGAAGACCAGCUGGCACUUCAAAGAGAAGAGAAUUGACCAGGAGGAGCGGACGAAGCCUGGCAGCAGUAUGCAGAAGGUUUGGAUUGAGAUAUUUGGCCCCACUGAAAACGAUAAAGGCAAAUACACCCUGGAGAUGUUCGACGGCCAGGAAACACACAGACGUUCGCUGGAUCUCUCUGGACAAGCUUUUGCAGAUGCUUUGCUGGAAUACCAGAGACUGAAGCAAGUGGCGUUUGCUGAGAAAAAUCGAGCCAAAGUGACAAAGGGGCUUCCUGAUGUUGUGGCUAUAAUGGAGGAUAAGUCUCUAUGUUUGACGUGUUUUGCCGAAGGCGACCCGGCGCCAGAAAUGUUCUGGCUGAAGAAUGACAGAGAAAUCGUGUCCAUGGCCCAGUACCACAUUUCACAUGAGAACAAAGCCUCAACUCUCACUAUAAACCACGUCACCAUGGAGGACUCGGGCAACUACAGUAUCUUCGUACGCAAUAAGUAUGGAUCGCAGACAGUGCCUGUGACCGUCAGUGUGUAUAAACAUGGUGAAAGGCCUCGGGCGGAUGCAGUGGAGAUAUAAACGCCACUGUAAACGCCCAGCAUUGGUAGAGUAAAAACAGGGUAAGCCCUUGUUACAUGAGCUGUGUCCAAAAUAAUGUUUUGUUUGUUUUAUUUGUGGUUUGUUUCCUCUCCGGUUACAGAAUAAAGUGCCAGUGAAACCUG